UCAAACAGUUUCUAAUGUUCAUAACCAAAAAAAAAAUCUCUCUCAUCUCUCGUCCGAAAUCCUAGUUCCAGUUCCGCCGGCAUAUUCCGUUAGUCAAUUGAGGAGGUUGAGAGCCGAUUAACUUAACUUAAAUUCUAAUUUAUUUUGAUUCUUCUUUUAUAUUCAACCCCGCAGAAACAAUUCACCUCCGAUUCUCAAAACUCUUUUAACGAUUAGUAUUUAAAAUCUCGAUCCCAGAUUCAGAGCUAUCCUCCUUCUCCGGCGAGUUUCGAUUUGAAAGUUUUGUUUGUUUACCGAUCUGAUUCUCGCGAUAGAAGCUUCUAGAAAAACGAUGUUUAACGGGUUGAUGGAUCUUGAGUUGAUUCGUCUCGCUCAAGAUCAGAUGAGCCGUAUGACUCCUGCUGAUUUCGCUAGGAUCCAACAGCAGAUUUGUGUAGAGAUGAAGAAAAACAUGGAAGUGUUCGAUUUCAAAGAAGACGACGAGGUCGCUGAAUCCGCAGCUGGAAAGUUGUUGGAAAAAUACUCAAGCCUUAGUCCGUACAAUUCUCCGGUUCUCCAACGCCUAUGCAUCCGAAGCUUGAUUGUUGCAGAAGAAAGCAUUCAGCUCACAGUUACACUCUGCCUAUUCGACUUAUAAAUCAUCUACUCACGUUAGUCGAGUUAUGGCUUCUACUGGAACUGAGCCAAAAGCUAAUUACGCCACAUCAUCCGUAUCUUCCAAUGAACCUGUUGUGUCUGUUGAUUGGCUCCAUGCUAAUCCGUAUCUACAGGUUGCUCAUAUUCCAGGUGCUCUCUUCUUUGAUUUGGAUGGAAUAUCAGAUCGAAAAACAAAUGUGAGAAUCCCUGCCCCCCUUUUCUUUAGAGAAGUCAAUAAGUUCCUCUGUUCCUCUGUUCUGCUUAUUCUCUUUAUCUUCUUCUACAGUCAGCGUACUGAUUCUUCUUCUUCCUGGUUUUGAUGGUCCUCUUCCCUUUGAGCUCGAAACCGGGUUUUGUUCUUUUCUUCUUCCUACUUACUCAUGUGAUUGAUGUAAAUUCUCAAGUGUUUGGAAAUUACUCUUAAGUGUGUGUAUGAAUAUGAGUCUUUAAUAUGUGAAUGAAAUAAAGGUAUAUUGGUGUUGGUGAGGAAGAGGAAGUGCAACUGUUUUACUAUUUUAUA